AUGUGGUUUGGUCCGAAUCUGCAGAGAUCUUACAAGUAUAUGAUGUUUGCGUCCAAGAUGCCGUCUCUGCGGAUAGACCAGAGUGAUUUGAAGUGCAAGAAUGGCUGCGAUUACUUCGGAAACCCUCAGUGGCAAGGGUACUGCUCUAAAUGUCAUCGAGAACAGAUGCAACGUCAGAGGAAGGCUGAAAAAGAGUCAUCAGCAACAUUACCGAAACCAGAACAGAAGAAGCCGGACCGAGGGUUGAGGAUCCCCUCCCACUCCUCCUUCUCCAAGUUUGAGGAGAAGCGGCUUCGGCAGAGCGAGACCCUGAAGAAGGCAAAUCUGUUGAAGUUCAGCGUCUUCAAGAAGAGUAGCACAGAUGACCACGACCAUUCAGCAGAAAAACGCCCCCCGGAGUUCAAGAUCCCGGGCAUUGUGAACGAGGGUAUGAAGCGCGAGUUCCGCGCGCGGUUCCCGCAGCUCGGUCCCGCCGUCGACCGCGACUCGCGACUGUUCGUGCACAGCUUCAUCAUGGAUGUCAUCAAGUGCGCCAACGUGCUCACCGUCGACGAGCUGUCUGAGAGGGUUCAGAGACAAUAUCAGCGUUUUAUGAAGCACAUGGACACGUCGUCGCACUUCGCGAACGUGGAGGCGGACACCAAGGAGCUGCUUAUGGACUUCGUAGAGAAACACGCCAUGACAUACUUACACGAGUUGCCGUCAGUAGUGUUCUCUCCGAGCGGCACGGACGACGAGCGCCUCGACCGCGCCAUGUCGGAGCGCAUCCAACAACUGAGCUGGGUCGGCGAGAGACACCUCGAGUGCAAGCUCGACAGGAACAACCCCGACUGUAGGCAGUUACUCUACAAGGCCAUUAGUGAGUUGCUGGGCAUGGACAGCGCGCUGUCGCCGGGCGACAAGUUGUGUCGCGUGCGUCGCUGUUGUCGCCACGUGCUGCGCCUGUGUUCCGCGGCGCCCGCCUCCGCAGACGAUCUGUUGCCUGCUCUCAUAUUCACUGUGUUGAAAGCGAAUCCGCCUCGUCUCGUUAGCAACAUAAACUUCGUGACGCGGUUCUGUAACGCGCAGCGACUGAUGACCGGCGAGGGAGGGUACUACUUCACCAACCUGUGCUGUGCAGUCUCCUUCAUCGAGAAUCUGACGGCUGAGUCAUUGAACAUGGACAAGAAAGAGUUCGACUGCUACAUGGCCAUGCCAGCCUCCAUCGGAGGCAGCGCUUGGGCGGCGGCCCUGUCCCUGUGCGGCGCGGCGCGCGAGGCCGACGAGCAGCGCGCGCACGCGCACGCCCUGCGCGCGCACACCGACCACGUGCACGCGCGCGCGCGGCUACUCGCUGCCAGCGCGCAGAGCUUUGAGGAGCAAAUCGCCAAAAAAGUACAAGAUGUCCUCGCGAAGACGCCGUUAGAAAUAAAACCACGGCGCGAGCUGCCGCGCCUCGGGAACCUGAAGGAAAUCAAUACAGCACCACUCAUCGACUUGGGCACCACUUCCGUUCAGGAAGAACCACAGACAAAACCAGAGGUCAAACUAGAGCCUCUGGCGGCUACCUUACUCCCAAUCUCAACAGAGUCCAAAGAACCAAACAUCACUAUUCAACCAGAAAUCGAGCCAAAACUUAACAUCCUUGGCUUUGAGGUAAUUGAAAGACAAUCUCCUUCCAAAUCACCACAGAACCUUGAUCAAACGUGGGACUUGAAGCAGACCAGUUCAUUAGAACUACUCACUCCAUCGCCUCUAGGCUUUACGCCAUUCGAUUCGCGGUCCAUCGACGAACUGAUGACUCCCGACGAAUUUGGGACGGACCAACUGCCACCAGGACUGAGCAACAUAAACUACGAUAUCGAUCUAUCAGAUUUCAGUGGCGACAACAGUAUAGCCGAGGAGGCUCCUAAAUCUGAACCCAAGGACCCAUUCAGUCCAGAAGCUCUCAGAAAAAUAACUACGUUUGACCCCUUCGCCCCGCAAACGUCUAAGGGUUUCGAAACAGCUUUGGAUUCGUUUGAUGAAUUCAGUUUCGUUGAUCCGAGGAAGCAGGAGACUGAUCCGUUUGAGGUGGUACACAGAGGCCAGGACCCGUUCAGUCCAGUAGAAUUAUCUAAGGACCCUUUCUUCAACCCAGACAAGCAGUCAACUUCUAUCCUAGACGAAAAUGACACGCCCGCCACUGCCUGCUUGCUGCCAUCACCGAUACAACCACAAAGCAGCAACAAACCUACUUAG